AUGCCUCGCGUCUACCCUCCGAUCGAGGGAAGACAGGCUGGUGCUGGCUUGUCUCCUUCGCUUAUAGAGACGGUCGCUGGCUUCAGCGCCGGAAUCAUUUCAACUCUGGUUGUUCAUCCAUUCGACGUUGUCAAAACACGCCUGCAGGGUGUGUCUUACUCUGAACACCUGGACAUCUGGUCGCUUGCUAAACUAGGCCCCAUGCAGNUGGAUCCGAGCACCACCAGCCAUCUGGGUGAUUCAGUGCGCAUAGUCAAGAACAUUGUCAGAAAUGAGGGUGGAUACUCAGCGUUGUACCGCGGCCUUAUGCCCAACAUGGUCGGAAACUCCUCGGCCUUCGCUUACAACGGUGAUCUAGGUNACGGCAAUAUCAAAGAUCUGAUCAAGACUGCUCGAGGAAACCCAGACGUCCUUACCUCUUACGAUUAUUUCCUCGCCUCUGGUGCGUCUGGCAUUUUGACUGCACUGUGUACCAAUCCGAUAUGGGUCAUCAAGACGCGCAUGCUGUCCACCUCGCGUGAUUCCCCAGGAGCAUACAAGUCGAUCCGUCAAGGAACAACACAUCUCUGGAAAACAGAAGGUCUAAAGGGGUUCUAUCGCGGGCUCAUACCCUCACUCUUUGGUGUCAGCCACGGUGCCAUCCAAUUCAUGGCAUACGAACAACUCAAAAACCACUGGAGCACAAGUCGUGGUGGCAGGGAAAACCUCACCAAUUUGGAUUUCUUGUUACUCAGCGCCACCAGCAAAAUGUUUGCUGGCAGUGUCACAUACCCCUAUCAGGUCGUAAGGGCACGUCUCCAGACUUACGAUGCCGACUCCCGAUACAAGGGUGUAAGAGACGUUGUUAGACAGGUCUUCCAAAAGGAGGGGCUGAAAGGCUUUUACANNAAGGGUACGUAUUUCGACUCUAUGGUUAAGAAUCCAUCUGCUAAUCAAAUGACUGCUAGUCUUGGGCCCAACAUCGUACGCGUUCUUCCCUCGACUUGCGUAACCUUUUUGGUGUACGAAAACACCAAGUUCUACCUGCCUCGCUUCUACCAGUCGUACGAGGGAACGAAAGGCGCUGACUGA